AUGGUUCUAAUCUCCUCCAAGACCCUGAUCCAGGCGCACGCCGUGCUCCUGGUCGUGGUCGCCGGCUACCUGGUCAAGAACCCGGAAAUGAUCACUGACUCCGAUCUGGUCUUUAUGAUGGGAGAAGCCUUGAAGAUCGACUUCCCAUCCCUGUCAAGCCCGCAACAAUCCCCCUUCACCUACUGUGCCAUCCUCCUCUUCGCUGAGGCCGUCGUCGACCUCGUCCUACUGUCCAACAUUCCAUUCCACGAAGCUCUUGACGAUGCUUUGCCCUAUAUCCGACCCUUGCGAAAUGGCAACCUCCCUGCGGAGGAUCUCCAGGUCCUCGAGAGCCUGCCCGAGUAUAUAACCAAGUCGUUGACUGUUUACUGGAACGUUUGGAUCGGCAUUGCUGGGUGUCGCUUUGUCGUGUAUGCCGGUAUUGCAUUUUUCAUCUACCAAACCAGAGGUACACACAUGGCCUCGUCUUAUACUAGCGCUGCUGCUCUUGGAGGCCUGGAUCGCCUCAAGAACCGUGUGGUUUUCAGCUUCUGUUUCUUCGAGAUGAUGUUCUGGUUCUGGAACUUCGCUACCCUUCGCGAGGAGCGCCAGGAACGCCUGACCAAGUUGCUGGAAGAUACCCGCAACCUCUGA